AUGACUUCGCCAAAAAUUCAAAAGGACAUUGUGAGUGCUCGUGCACAAGAAACCGUGAAAGCUAUAAUCAAUGAUUUAGAUGGGGAUUAUUUCGGGAUUUUAGUUGAUGAGUCCAAGGAUAUUUCAUACCAUGAACAAAUGGCCCUUGCUUUGUGGUAUAUUGACAAAAAAGGCCAAGUGAACGAGCCAUUUAUUGGUCUUGUUCGUGUUGGUGAUACCUCUGCAAAGUCGUUGAAGAAAGCAAUACUUUCUUUGCUUAUGAAACACUCAUUAAGUCCAUCCAUAAUACGUGGACAAGGCUAUGAUGGAGCUAGUAAUAUGCAAGGAAAAAUGAAUGGUCUUAAAGAUUUAAUUUUGCAAGAAACUCCUUCGGCACAUUGCAUUCAUUGUUUUGCUCAUCAAUUACAGUUGACGCUUGUAGCGGUUGCUAAAAAACAUAAGGAGGUGGAAAUUUUCUUUGCUAUAGUUGCUAAUGUGUUGAAUGCGAUUGGAGUAUCCUUUAAACGUAGAGAUAAACUUCGGGACCAUCAAGCAGAAUUAUUGGAGAGAUUGCUAGAGAAUGGUUCUGAGGCUAAUGAUAGAUUGCAAGCAGAAGAUUUUUUUAGUAAAAUCAAUUCAUUUGAAUUUGUGUUCAUGCUUCACUUGAUGUUGAAGGUAUUGUUGAUGUCGAACGAGCUGAGUAAAGCUUUACAUAAGAAAGAGCAAGAUAUUGUCAAUGCCAUGAUAUUUCUUGACCUUACAAAGGAAAGGUUGCAACAAAUGAGAGAGGAAGGAUGGAAAUCAUUAAUGGAUGAAGUCUCUUUGUUUUGUGCUAAACAUGACAUUUUGGUGCCCAAUAUGGAAGAAAUCUAUAUUCCUGGAAAGUCGAAGCGUAGGCCUUCUAGUGUUACUUAUUCACAUCACUUACGUGUUGAGGUUUUUUAUACAAUGAUUGAUUUGCAACUUCAGGAGCUUAACAGUCAUUUUGAUGUUGUUAGUGGUAACUUGCUUCUUGGUAUGGCUAGCUUGAAUCCGGCUGAUUCGCUUGCUAAUUUUGAUAAGGAAAUAAUAAUGACAUUGGCCAAGUAUUAUCCAGAUGAGUUUGGUGAAUUGAAGCUUCGAGAUCUUAGUCACCAACUUGACACUUUCAUAUUGCACAUGAAACAUGGUGACCCUAGAUUCUCAGAUUUGAAAGGAAUUGGUGAUUUGGCAAAAGCGUUGGUUGAAGCAAAUCUUGUGGAGAAAUAUUCACUUGUUUAUUUACUUGUGAAGUUGACUCUAAUUUUACCUGUCGCGAUUGCAAUGGUAGAAAGAGCAUUCUCAUCCAUGAAGUACAUCAAGGAUGAAUUGCGUAGUAGUAUUGGUGAUGCAUUUUCAAAUGAUUGUUUAGUUUGUUACUUUGAAAAGAAGUAUUUGAAAAUGUAA